AUUAUCGCGUUAACUUUGACAGCCAUAAAAUUAAGCAAUAAACAAGUACACAAAAAAACGACUUUGUUACUGUAACGAGAGUAAAUGUAAUUCUUUACUUGCAGCCCUGUCCUCCACCAGCCACCCUCCUCUCCUCUACUCUCCCCUCUGUUCAGAUCUGUUACAUUCAGCAACAAAUUUCUGCUGCAUCAGGCGUCCAUCAUAGAUCCCCCACUCAGCCUGAAACGUGAUCAGACACCCCAUACGAGGCUACGCACGAGGAAGGGAGGAGAAAAAAAGCAAAAUGGCGUUUUGAUUGCAAAAAAAACAAGAAGCUAAGAUGGUUAAAUGUUCAAUAGACGCUGCUGAGGAGAGGGAGGGAAUCCGCUCUCUAAAGUCUCACCUGUAGCGCGUGUCUUUGACCCCUUUUUUGAUUUGUUGUGUGUAGUGUGACUCAUCUGACCUUUCUUGUCUCGGCCUGACCCUGUGUUGGUUUGUGUGUGUGUGUGAUGGACAGAUUAAAUAGUGCAAAGCCAAAGAGAGGGGGAGAGAGACAGAAAGUAACAGCAAGCAUGAGAUGGAGAAAGAGUGCACUCUCAGUGGUGCCACAAAUGAUUGACAACACAGCGUGCUCACAACUCACUGUGUAUUUGCUCGUGUUGAUGUCUGCCUGUCUACGUGUGUGUGUGCAUGUUCAAUAUGCUAAAUAUCAAAGUGUGCAUGCACAAGUAGAGCACAACAGUCAUUUCUAUGUCUCUAUAUUGUAGUAAACAGCCUUUGAUGAGCCCGAUCCUUGCUCUAUUUCCUCCUCUUUCACUAUGACUGGACUAUUAUGUGUAAAUUUAUAUCAAACACUCACUACAGUAGUUAUAUGAUUUAUGUAGAAUUAUUGUUAUUAGCACUAAAAUGCUGAUCACGGCGCAGAGGUGUCAAUGAUAUUUAGAAGGAAAUUAUAUUUUACUUGCUUCAAACCUUUCAUUUAUUUCCUUUUUAUAUUAAAAAUGCAAACUAUGAUUUUUCACUAAUUGGCAAUCUUGAGUUUAAAUUGUUUUGUUUUUUUAUCUUGUAUAAUUAUGUGUUGGAUAUUUGCCAAGUCAACCCUGACACCUUAUGAUCAAUGGGUUUCUUUGUGUAAUAUACUCAAGGAAACAUGUUAUUGACAUUUUUAUUUUUACAUGCUAUCAACUGUACAUUGAAAUUAAUGUUUUUUAAUCUUUAAAAUAAACUAAAUACAUUGAAAUGAACAACUUCCUGUGUGUAAACCAGCUUUAAUAAAUAAGAAACCUACAAUCCUUGGCCUUUUGAUAAUUUUCACUGAUUAUGAAUUCAUCUUUUUCAGAUUUUUUUUCUAAUUUAUAUAUUGCCUUAAAAUUAGAUAGUGCUGUUACCUUUGUUUUCCAUUAACAAAACCAAGUGGCCACACUAUCAAAAGAAAAAUCUCACAUGAUUGUUAAAUCUCAAUCCAAAAAUGCUCCAAAAUGAGAAAUUCUGUAUCUUUACUCUUUUAAUUGUGAUACUUGUAAUGAACCCACACAAAUACAGCAGAAUACCAGAGCAGACAGCACUUGUGCCCACACAACCUCAUUUUCAAACAGCAUUCACUUCAAAUAAAAGUAAUUUUCUCCUAAAUGUCAGAGGAGACUUUCUUGGCAAUUGUCACCUCGCAGAGGAUGUUUCAGCGUGGCCUUCGAGCUGAUGUGUCUGCACACACACAUCCAAAUCUGAUUAGCUUUCCACUCUAUUGAGGUUGAGAAGUUAGACAAGGUUAACCUCUAAUUCCCAAACACUGGCGGAUACAAGUCUGCUCUGCGGUUGAAAGGCUGGAGUGCUCCAUAGAAAUAAAUAACAUAAAUAUUGCUCUUUACAAUUCAACACCAAUAAUGAUUUGAUUGCUUCAUUAAAUCCUAUUUCCCCCCUGUGCUCCAAUUUAUGUUUCCGUGCCUUUAUUGCAUUUCAUAAUUAACAUAAGCUUGUUUGAACUGAGGCUUGGCCCUGUUUCUUUGAUGAGGAGCCGACGGGGUUGUAGAGUUGCAUUUUCAACCUUGUGUCUGUUUAUUAUUUUGUAAAAAGGUUUCCGUACUGACAAGUUUCUGAUUUCUCGCCGUGAAUGAGCUCCACCGCUCUCGCCAAUUCACUCCUAAUAAGCCAUACCAGCCAUACCAGCACACUUCACAUUGCACUGACUGAAUCACUGAGGCAAAUCAUUCAGAGCUCUCCUGCGGUGCUCCUGUUAGCGUAUGAGCGCGAGAGUGUGUGUGUAUGUGUGUGUGUGUGCGUGUGUGUGUGUGUGUGUGUGCGUGCAUAUGAAGUCAAAUCAAAUUUAUUCAUAAAAGCUCUUUUAACAACAGGUUCGUCACCAAGUGCUCUGAUGAGAACAAAGGACGUGAAUUCAGAUAAACACAAAAGACAAGUCUAGCGUGUGUGUGUGUGUGUGUGUGUGUGCGUGUGUGUGUGUGUGCGUGUGUGUGUGUGUGUGUGUGUGAGGUUUAGUUUUGAGUCAGAGGCAGCAGCAAAAGCCUAUAAGUCUGAGAGUGUGUGUAGGAUGAACCUCCUACCACGUCCCUCCCUGUCUCUCAUCAACUGUCUCUCUGCCUCCCCCCCAUCCCUCCCUCUCUUUUAUGUGCCAACAUGUCCUCAGAAAUAUAAAUUAAUGAUUUCAUGUCUGACUUUUCAUGUUAAAAGAUACAUUAAACUGGUAAAAACCUGAGCAGAAAGCAUACCUUCAGACAGCACAAAGGCAGCAUAUAGUCAACAUAUACUGCCCAAUAUAUAAUCUGUACGUGCUGCAUCCUUGACUGUUUGUGUGUGUACAUUUGUGUGUGUGUGUGUGUAUCUAUGUGUGUGUAUGUAUGUUUGUAUCCCUCACUGUGAUUAAAGCAAGUGGGCGGCAGCAGCAACUGGUCUGCCUGUGUGGCUCUGCAUAGCAGACAUGUUUCUCACUGCUAGAUAUUACUCAUUUCCUCAGCCCUUUGCACACACAAGCACACACACACACAGUCACACACACUCUUGACACGCACACAGUCACACACACACACAACAGACACAGAGACGGAUAGCUAGGCUCUCAGUUCUUUCCCUCAGUUUGGUGGGCUCGCUGCUGUUAUUUCAUGCACACACACAGAGAGAUCAGAGGCAGUGUGUAGCUGGAGGCUGCUGAUAUCCGCGGGUGUUGUAACUUGCGGCAGUGCCGUGGAGUAGCAGUUGUGUAGAACACAGUGAGGAGCUGAGGAGUGGGUUGACCCUUCUGGGAGGACUGGAAUAUGAAUGACUGCCAAGACUGGGACGUCUGCUCAGCCCGCACUAAGGUGAGUGGCGCUUCAGUACAAACGAACCAACAGUGAUCUGACAGUGAUGCUGUGUAGCAGCCUUCCCUUCUGUCUGCGCCCCCCGUUCUCCCGCGAAGCCCAUGUGACCUAGCCUACACCCGCACACAGGGGGCCCCCCAGUGCCCGCUGGAGCCCACCCAUGAAUCCCAGCCCCGACCGCGGCAAAGAGUGCCUCCCUCCAAAGAAGAGGGAGUCUCGGCAAGGAUCGGCGGAACACCACAUCCCUCUGGACGACUUCAAACCCCCGGUGCCUCUCCGGAGUCGGUCCAGCGCUGGGGGAGGGGAGGGAGGCAGGGAGGCCGGUGACAGGGAGCGAGCUCUGAUUAACCCAAACCCUCAUCUCCUACAUACUCCUCCACCUCUUCCUGCUCCAGCGCCAGGCCUCCCCCUGCCCCUACCAUGGCACCUGAGCUACUCUCCCUCUGUCUCUCUCCCCCUUUUCCCGGGGCAAGUCGGCGACAGGAGGGGUUCAUUGUCUCCCGCCUGGAGAGAUGAUCCUCUCCCCUCACCCAUGCCGCACCACUCCAGGUGGCUCAGAGGGGACGGGCCCCACUCCUUGCCGCCUUCCCCAUCCUCCUCCUCCGCCUCCUCCUUCAAGACUCCCUUCCCGGCCGAUUCUAGGGAGAUAUGGUCCUACAUCAACAGUGGCCGGCGAGACAACAGCUCCUCUCUCUUCUCCCCGUCGUACUUGUUUAGCCACCACUCUCUCUACCCUCAAGAUCCGAGCUUUGUCGAAGCCAGACACAGAUACCUGAGCAAGAGGCCCAACGGCCUGGAUGGUCAAGGCAGCAGGACUGCCUCAAUCUCCAGGCCUCUGCUCACAGGUGAAUACGGGAACGACAGCAGCAGAACCAGGCUGGACAUCAGUCCGCACAGCUCCCACACCAACGGUGGACGGAGACAGCAGGAGGAUCUAAUAUCCCGCGUCCAUUCUGGGGGGGCGUUUCUGCCAGACUCUCAAGCUCAGGAGGGCCCUGAGCCACAUUCCUCGCUGCAGGACAGACAUGGGAUAGUUAAGAACAGCUUACUCUCCUCCAGUCCCCAUCCCCUCGGACCAGUCCCCAGGGCAGGUAGAGGGGGACUAUUGGACUCCCUAGGGGUCACACCAGCUGAAGCCCAGAUCUACUACUCCUUGGGAUCGGUGUGCCACCCCAGCCCUCAGGUCCAGGCCUACCCGCUCUACAGCCCCUCAGGAACAGCUCUGUACAACCUGCACAGGGAGCCAGGACCCAGGCAGCACAAUCUAAGGAACUCGUCACACUCACCCCUGGGUCUGCCGAACAGCCAUGACAGGUCACAAAGAGACCGGGACAGAGACCAAGAAAACAGAGAAAGAGACAAACUCCUACAAAGGGACAGGGAGCGAGUUAAAGACAAAGAGAAGCACCUACAACACGACAAAGACCAAGAAAGAGACAGUGAGCGCGAGAGACGACGGGACAGAGAACGAGACAGAGGGAGGGAGUCGUCUCCUUCUCAGCUUCACACCUCGCCCCCGGCCCUUCACCCACCUACCCCUGCGCUCCUACCUCACUUCACCAAGGGUUCUCUGAUCGAGUUGGCCAGCGGUCGAUUGAAGCGGGUGGAGGAGCUGCGGACCGAGGACUUCCUGAGGAGCGCAGACACCUCCCCAGAGUUCCACCUCAGCACCUGCACCGUGCUGCUGAUUUCCCCCAGCAGCGCACAGGGCUUCAGUCACCUGCAGGUCCACCUCACAGACCGCAACACUCAGGAGUUACUGAAGGUCUUGGUGGAGUAUCCGUUCUUUGUGCAGGACCGAGGCUGGUCUUCUUGCUGCCCCCAGAGAACCACACAGCUGUACGGCCUGCCCUGCCGCCAGCUCAUGGAGGGGGACGUCUGCCUGGCUCUCACGCCGACUCCCACCCAAACCCACCGGACACACACGCGCACCGGCUCCAGGGCCCAUCGCACGCAACUCUCCUCCAGGGCUGCAGUAGAAGCCUCGCACAGGGAGGAGAUGCCACCUCCACCUCCUCCUCCCCCUCUUCCUCACCACCACCCGCCUCCUCCUACUACUACCGCGCCGACCCCUCCACGCGCUCUGGCUGCAGAGCCUCCUCCUGCUCAGGAGCAGCAGCAGCAGCGUCCACGCAAACGGCGCUGGUCUGCCCCGGAUACACUUCCCUCAACCGGAACUGAUGAAAGCCUCCUGGAUUUACCUCAUGGCUCCAAGCUGAUGAAGUGGCAGUAAAAACUUUUGGAAAUGCACACAUGCACACACACAUAUAAGCACAUACACACCCUCCUUGUCUCUGUUGCACCCACCAAGACAAACAAUGGAGAGACCUCAAGGUAGGGUUGCAGGGAAGGAAUAAAAAAACGCAAUUUACGGGUGUCCACACUGCUUCCCCCAAAUAUUAACCUAGUCCUCCUUAGUCUGGCCCUCGUUGCACCCUCCUUUCCUUUCCCUUCCCUUCCCUUCCUUUCCUUCCCUCAACCUUACUUAGCACAGACCUGAAAGGAGCAGCAGCUGGAUGAUCUCUGGACGGCUCCUUACAGACACACUGAAGACAUUUAGUGAGACAAUCAAGCACUUGUCUGUGUUCACUCUGUUUUUGUAAUGGUUGUCCCACACACCUACUUACUGACAGUGUUUUCUGCAGGGUAUCGAUUUUCAAUCAGUGUUAAUGAAAGUAAACGCUAUUGAAGAAGUGCAGAUAUAUAUGAACAAAAAGUUGACUAUAUAUAUUACAUUACAGAUGUUAUAUACAGUAAAUAUGCUAAACAGAUUUAAUGCAAUCCUCUCUGUCAAUUUUGCAAUGCAUUUUUUUUUCUUGCUUCUGAGCCGACGUCUACAUGUCGGCCUGGGCAGGCAAGGUGAAUGUAUGAGCAACUCUUCGCCUUUUUUUAUUCUCAUCACUGGGAGUCAUUUCAAAUGAUUGAUUGUUCGUCAAGGCAUUACCUCCAAUAUGUUCUUAACAUUAUCUCUGAGAAAGGGAGAACACUAAUGAAAACCGCGUAACAGACAAUCCCACCCACACAGACAGGUCUGUGCCACAUCGCCUCGACACUCAUGGUGUUUUUUCCAUUAAAGACUGAAUGAUGGAAAGAGUAAAAAAGUGCAGUAUGGCUGAAGAGUAAUGGUGCUAAUAACACGUUGGAACAUGAUGCUUUGUGAAUACUCUUGACCCCCCGUGUACUGUACGCUUCUGUUCCCAUCUCGUUUUUUUUACGUACUGUAUUUGUUUGAAGGCAGGGAAAACGAUGAAAGUAUUUUAAACUCAGAUACGGGUAUCUCCUCUGAUUCAGCACACAAUCUCACUUUAGUUUUUGUGUUUUGUUUUUUAUUUUAUUUUCAAAAAGAAAACUCUUACCUGUUGAUUUUUCUUUUUAAAUGUUAUAGCUACAAAAAAUGUAUAUUUUUAAAAAUUGUGAAUCUGUUAUAUGAUGUUCGCUAGAAAUAAAGGAAAAAAAGCUUUAUAGAUUUAA